GCGGGUCACAUGACAACCGACGCUCCGUGGUAGGAUGCUGAAGCAACGAGCUGAAGUAAGAGUGGUUUGUGUUCGGAAGCGGUUCAAAGAUAACAUGGAGUUCAGUGCCGUGAUUUAAGUUAAGUGUAAUAAACAUUAACAGCAAAAUGUAAUCCUCAUUUAACGUCAUCUGAAGAAGAAGGCAUUGUUUGGCCUAACGUCUCUGGGAGCCUUCCUCACAAUGAGGACACAGCCGUUUGAGACCCCAACAGGCAGCAGAACAUCGCUAUGACUCCCUGACACACACACACACACACACACACACACACACACACACACACACACACACACACACACACACACACACACACACACACACACACACACACAGAGAGAGAGCAAACGGAGAGACAAGUUGAUGAAAGCCGAUAUGAGCUGACUGGAGGCCCCGUCCAAGAAGGCCGAAGGCAGAGCCCGCUGUGGGUCCACUCUGUGAGGGUCUAACCCUGUGGGUCCACUCUUGUGGUGCUAUGGAGCAGCCCCUGCUAGGCGGGCCCCCCGGUGCCCGGUGCGGGGCUCCCCCCGGUGGCCGCUGGUGGUACCGCGCGCUGCGGUCCUGGCUGCCCGUCCUCUCGUGGCUGCCGCGCUACUCGCUGAGCGCACUCCGCAUGGACGUGGUGGCCGGCCUCACGGUGGGGCUCACCACCGUGCCGCAGGCCCUGGCCUACGCUGAGGUGGCCGGGCUGCCUGUGCAGUACGGCCUGUACUCCGCCUUCAUGGGCGGCUUCAUCUACCCCCUCUUGGGCACCUCAAAGGACCUGACCCUGGGCCCCACCGCCAUCAUGUCCCUGCUCUGCGCCUCGGUGGUGGGGGGGCGGCCGGGGCGCGCGGUGCUGCUCAGCCUGCUCUGCGGCGCCGUGCAGACUGCCCUGGGGGUGCUGCGGCUGGGGUUCCUUCUGGACUUCGUGUCCUACCCGGUGAUAAAGGGCUUCACCUGUGCUGCUGCAGUGACCAUCGGGUUCGGUCAGAUAAAGAACCUCCUGGGGCUCCGCGGAGUCCCCCAGACCUUCUACCUGGAGGUGUACUACACCUUCUACCGGCUCCCUGAGGCCCGGCUCGGCGACGCCCUGCUGGGGCUGCUCUGUCUGGCUCUGCUCCUCACGCUGCAGUGGAUGAAGAGCAGCCUGGGCCCCCAGAACCAGGGGGGCCCCCAGAACCAGGGGGGCCCCCAGAACCAGGGGGGCCCCCAGAACCAGGGGGGCCCCCGGACCUUGGAGGGGCCACGGACCCAGGAGGGCCCCCAGAACCAGGAGGGCCCCCGGGGGAGCAGAGCGGCCAGGAGAUUUGUGUGUGGAGCCGCCACUGUGCGGAACGCCGUGGUGGUGCUCGCCGCGUCCGGCCUCGCCGCCGCCUGUCUCACCUCCGGGUUUCCUGUCUUCACCGUCACCGGGAAAACCGCCCAGGGCCUCCCGGCGUUCCGCCCGCCGGCGACCUCCGAGACCACCGCCAACGGCACGGUGGUCUCCUUCCUGGAGAUCGUCGAGGGGUUUGGUGGCAGCCUCGCUGUCAUUCCCUUGAUGGGGGUUCUUGAAAGCAUCGCAAUCGCCAAAGCCUUUGCGAGUCAGAACGACUACCGUGUGGACGCCAACCAGGAGCUGCUGGCCAUCGGCCUCACCAACAUCAUGGGCUCCUUCGUCUCGGCCUACCCCGUCACCGGCAGCUUUGGGAGGACAGCGGUCAACUCCCAGAGCGGUGUGUGCACUCCGGCCGGGGGCAUCAUGAACAGUGCCGUCGUGAUGCUGUCCCUGGCCUUCCUCAUGCCCGCCUUCUGCUACAUCCCUAAAGCGUCUCUGGCGGCGGUCAUCAUCUGUGCGGUGGCGCCGAUGGUCGACUACGGCGUGGUGGUGGAGCUGUGGCGCGUCCGAAAGCGGGACCUGCUGCCCUUCUCCCUCACCUUCCUGCUCAGCUUCUGGGAGGUGCAGUACGGGCUCCUGGGGGGGGUGGCGCUGUCUGGAGCCAUGCUGCUGCACCACGCUGCCCGGCCCCCCCUGAAGGUGACUGACCACGGUGUGCUGCUGGUAGAGCUGGGCAGUGGCCUCAGCUUCCCGGCCUCGGAACACCUCAGCCACGUCCUCCACACCCAUGCCCUGCUGGCGUCCCCGCCCCGCUCCGUGGUGCUGGACUUCCUCCAUGUCAGCUCCAUCGACUCCACGGUGCUCAGCGAGCUGCGAGCCCUUCUGAGGCUCUUCAGGCUGCGGGGGGCGGGACUGCUCCUCUCUCGGGUGCAGCCCUCUGUCCAGGCCGUCCUUCUGGCCGCUGACCUGCCAGGUCUGAGGCUCACGGACGACCUGUCGGCCGCCCUUCAGGGGCACGUUGAUGAACUCAGCUGGACAGGUGCGCAAGGUUGCUAGUUCGAUCCCCGGAGUGUGGAGGUGUUCCUGAGCGAGACGCCCCACCCUGACUGCUCCUGACUAGCUGGCCGUCGCCCUGCGUGGCUGACUCCGCCGUCGGUGUGUGAAUGUGUGCAGGAAUGGUUGUAAGUCGCUUUGGAUAAAAGUGUCAGCAAAAUCACCUUAAUGUAAAUGAUGACCUCAUCACGACAGGUGCACUUUGAUGACCUCAUCACGACAGGUGCACUUUGAUGACCUCAUCACGACAGGUGCCUUUUAAUGACCUCAUCACGACAGAUGGAUUUUGAUGACCUCAUCACGACAGAUGGAUUUUGAUGACCUCAUCACGACAGGUGCUUUUGACGACCUCAUCUCGUUCUUCUGUUCCUCAUCUCCUUUAAAGCCCUCCACUCAAACACCCUGAAGGGUUCUUCUGUUCCUCAUCUCCUUUAAAGCCCUCCACUCAAACACCCUGAAGGGUUCUUCUGUUCCUCAUCUCCUUUAAAGCCCUCCACUCAAACACCCUGAAGGGUUCUUCUGUUCGUCCAUCUCCUUUAAAGCCCUCCACUCAAACACCCUGAAGGGUUCUUCUGUUCGUCCAUCUCCUUUAAAGCCCUCCACUCAAACACCCUGAAGGGUUCUUCUGUUCCUCCAUCUCCUUUAAAGCCCUCCACUCAAACACCCUGAAGGGUUCUUCUGUUCCUCCAUCUCCUUUAAAGCCCUCUACUCAAACACCCUGAAGGGUUCUUCUGUUCCUCAUCUCCUUUAAAGCCCUCCACUCAAACACCCUGAAGGGUUCUUCUGUUCCUCCAUCUCCUUUAAAGCCCUCUACUCAAACACCUCAUUUUUGGACCAAAUGGUUUUUUAUACAUUCUUAAUAAUGAUUUUGAAAUGCUUUUGUUAAAUAUUUUACAAUUAUAACUGUAGCAAAAUUCAAUUAUUUGAUAUUUUUAUUGUCACACAAAAUGGAAAUCUCGGAAAUGACUUGAAACUCUGUUUCAAAAGGGAUCUAAUAGUUAUAUAAUAAAUGAAAUAAUGGCACAAAUUAACACAAGUGAAAUAAUGUUUUUUUUUAAACAUAACUUGCAGAAUGUUGUCUAUUGGAAAAUGUUAUGUACGAUUUCUACUGCAAUGUUUUCUUGACAAAUUAGUUUGUGACUUGACAGUUUUGUGUUUCCAUUGUGUCAAAAUGUUCUGUUAAAUCAAUCCGGACGAGAGACUUGAUGGCACAGAAACAAUAGUAGCUUUAAACUUUUUGAUAUUAUUAAAUGCAUUUUAUGUACGACUGUCAAACUAUGGCAUUUUUUUAUCCCAAUUAAUCACAUUUAUUUUAUUCGAUUUUAAAUCCAUUCCAGUUUAAGUUAAAUUACAUUAUCAAAUGGAAGGAUCAUUCUUGUAUCAAUCAUACCAAAUUGACUUAAUAAGCAAAAAAUAGACUAGUGGUCUUGAGGGAGUUUUAUUGACUCACUCAGUGAGGAUUGAAUAUGAAACUUACUGAACACCACAGAUUUGGGAAUUGUGAAGACGCAGUUGCUACAAUUGUAGUUAAAUUCAAAUAAGUAGCACCACAGAUUUGGGAAUUGUAAAAGGCUGUUACUUACUGCAAUUGUCAUCAGGCAGUCACUUACUGCAAAUGUUGAAGAAUGUAAAGUAAGUGGAACUGAAAACAAAUUAAUUAUGAUGUGAAUGUUGACAUUCUGUGGGCAAAACCUUUCAAAAUCACAGUGAAAAAUAUUAAUAAAAGUGCGCUAAUGCGUAUUCUUUUUAUUAAUCAAUAAGAAAAAAUGCGUUUGACCUCGGGGUGCAGUGACCCCCCCAGGGUGCAGUGACCCCAGGGUGCAGUGACCUCAGGGUGCUGUGACCCCCCCAGGGUGCAGUGACCCCAGGGUGCUGUGACCCCCCCAGCGUGCUG